AUGACAAAUCUUAAUGUUGAACCAUUUGAAAAUUUUAUCCUAGAACUACAAAAACAAGUAUUUCAGAUAAAAAAUUUAGAAACGAAUUUAAGAAAUAAAGUCAAUGAUAAAAUUGUAAAUACACACACUAGCUAUAGUGUUGAAGAAGAAUAUGCUAUUAGUUUUGAUGAUUUAAAAAAUGACAAAUUUAAAAACUUACGUAGCAAAUAUAAUAUUCUUAUUAGCGCUUUCAAAUCUAAAUCAAAGGACAAAGAAACAGACUUUUUGUUUAAAAUAUUUUAUAUGGUUUUUAAUAUAUUUCAAGAAAAUG